AUGGCUGUCUCUAAAGUUUACGCUAGAUCCGUCUACGACUCCCGUGGUAACCCAACCGUCGAAGUCGAACUUACCACCGAAAAGGGUGUUUUCAGAUCCAUGGUCCCAUCUGGUGCCUCCACCGGUGUCCACGAAGCCUUGGAAAUGAGAGAUGGUGACAAAUCCAAGUGGUUAGGUCAAGGUGUCUUGCACGCUGUCAAGAACGUUAACGACGUCAUUGCUCCAGCUUUCGUCAAGGCUAACUUAGACGUCAAGGACCAAAAGGCCGUCGAUGACUUUUUGCUUUCUUUGGACGGUACCGCCAACAAAUCCAAGUUGGGUGCUAACGCUAUCUUGGGUGUCUCCAUGGCUGCCUCCAGAGCUGCUGCCGCUGAAAAGAACGUCCCAUUGUACAAGCAUUUGGCUGACUUGUCCAAGUCUAAGACUUCUCCAUACGUUUUGCCAGUUCCAUUCUUGAACGUUUUGAACGGUGGUUCCCACGCUGGUGGUGCUUUGGCUUUGCAAGAAUUCAUGAUUGCUCCAACUGGUGCCAAGACCUUCGCUGAAGCUUUGAGAAUCGGUUCCGAAGUUUACCACAACUUGAAGAAGUUGGCUAAGCAAAGAUACGGUUCCUCCGCCGGUAACGUCGGUGACGAAGGUGGUGUUGCUCCAAACAUCCAAACUGCUGAAGAAGCUUUGGACUUGAUUGUUGACGCUAUCAAGGCUGCUGGCCACGACGGUAAGGUCCAAAUCGGUUUGGACUGUGCCUCCUCUGAAUUCUACAAGGACGGUAAGUACGACUUGGACUUCAAGAACCCAGAAUCCGACAAAUCUAAGUGGUUGACUGGUGUUCAAUUAGCUGACAUGUACCACUCCUUGAUGAAGAAGUACCCAAUUGUCUCUAUUGAAGAUCCAUUUGCCGAAGAUGACUGGGAAGCUUGGUCCCACUUCUUCAAGACCGCUGGUAUUCAAAUUGUUGCUGAUGACUUGACUGUCACCAACCCAGCUAGAAUUGCCACCGCUAUUGAAAAGAAGGCCGCUGACGCUUUGUUGUUGAAGGUUAACCAAAUCGGUACCUUGUCUGAAUCUAUCAAGGCUGCUCAAGACUCUUUCGCCGCCGGCUGGGGUGUCAUGGUUUCCCACAGAUCUGGUGAAACUGAAGACACUUUCAUUGCUGACUUGGUUGUCGGUUUGAGAACUGGUCAAAUCAAGACCGGUGCUCCAGCUAGAUCCGAAAGAUUGGCUAAAUUGAACCAAUUGUUGAGAAUCGAAGAAGAAUUAGGUAGCAACGCUGUCUUCGCCGGUGCCAACUUCCACCACGGUGACAAAUUAUAA